CUUCCUUUCGUUCGUUACCUAAAGUCUGCAUUUUUUUUUAUUCUUUUCCUUCGUUUUGGUGGGUUUUCAUUUUCAACUUUUCCCAUUCCACUCUGGGUUUCGCUUCAAUUUCGAUUCCCCCCUUCUUCUUCCAGAUCACUUUAAACUAUUUAGAAAAUAAUAAUUGGGGAAUCUCUGUUGAUACUGUUCCCGCCUAUGGUGUUUUCUAGUGUUGUUUUCAUGUAGAAGUUCAUUUCUCGAGAUAACCGUUUGAUGCGUUGCUUUGAUCUUGGAUUGGACAUGGCGGCAGAUGAAGAUAUGUCAGCUUUGAAGUCUAAGCUGAGUCAAUCACAUGAAACUUGGAAGCAGGAGAUGGACAGAAGCCAAUCUCAAGUGGAUGUAUUGCAAGCAAGGAUAAUGGAGGUAAAGGCUUGCAUACAAGGCUCAGAGGAAGAUGCAAGAAAGGAGUUAGAGGUUCUAUGGCGAAGAGUCAAGACUACUUCUACCCUGUUGACCUACUUAAAAUCAAAAGCUAGAAUCAUGGCCGUUCCUCAUCUAGCCCAUACAUCUUGUGGCAUAAAAAAACUAGACGGGGUAGGGCUUGUUGACAAGGAUGGGAUUCCAUUAUCAGGUUGGUCUAGGAAUGUUGAUCUUUCUUCAUUUGAUGGUCCAGAUGAAGAAUCUUGGAUAGGAAUUAACCGUCAGCAUGGUUCUUUAGAUGAACAAGAUGCAGUUUAUAUAGGUGAGAUACUCAAGUCUGUUCAGAUGGUCACAGAUGUGAUGGAAGCCCUUGUCAAAAGGGUUUUAUUGGCAGAAUCAGAAACUACAUUUGAGAAGGAAAAAGUGAGUCUAGGUCAGGAAGAAAUUAUGCGAAAGUCUGCUCAGUUAGAGAAUAUGUCCAUGAAAUUAGAGGAGAUGGAGCGUUUUGCUUUGGGUACAAAUGGUAUUUUGAAUGACAUGCGGCAAAGAGUUGCAGAUUUGGUGGAAGAAACAACUAGACAGAGACAGCGGGCAGCUGAAAAUGAAGAAGAGCUGUCUAGAGUGAAACAGGAAUUUGAGUCUCUGAAGUCAUAUGUUAGUAGUCUAAUCACAGUGAGAGAAACCUUACUUUCUUCAGAGAAGCAAUUCCAAACUAUUGAGAGGCUGUUUGAACGGUUAGUGGGAAAGACUACGCAACUGGAGGGUGAGAAAAUGCAGAAAGAGGCUGAAGUUCAGAAACUUAUGGAAGAGAAUGUGCGGUUGAGUGCUUUGCUUGACAAGAAAGAGGCUCAACUUCUUGCAUUGAAUGAACAAUGUAAAAUGAUGGCCUUGAGCGCUUCAAACAUGUAAAUGCCAUUGCACUCUACAGAUUGCUUGCUUAGCUCUUCCAUGCUGACCACCAGAGGCUUCUAAGUGAAGCUUUACUUGAUAAAGUUCUAAUCCUGAAGAAGCAUCCAUGGAGGGCUCCAGAAACAUCAUUAAUGCCUUUGUCUUAUUUUCUGAUUGGCAUUUUAAUGCCUCUUUCAAAAUUAAACAUGAAAAACAAUUUUCCUUAGAAUGUAAACUUGGCGUGCACUUUUAUGAGAAAAACAAGAUGUGUCUCUUCCCUGUACAUGUUGGUAACCAGAGAGGUCAUCAAUCCCGCAUCAUGUACAUCCAUGAAAUGUUUGAGACCAGCAAAAGAUUUCUCUUGUUCUAUACUGGGAA